UGCUGUCACCCGCUCCGCUCACAGCAGACUACCAACAGAGCACGCGAGGGUUCUCCCAGCAAACUGCCGGGCGGGCCAUCUGGUGUGAGAAAAGAAAACCUAUCCCACGCAGGGUUCGCGGUCUCUCUCGCUCCCUCUCGGUGCCCCCUCGUUGUCUCGCUUUCUCCUCCUCUUGCUCUCGUGACCCUUCCCAUUCUCCAGCCCCAGCUCCAGAUAGGCGCAGGUGAUACGAGCACCCUUGCUUGUCAGGAUUUGUUUGCUGCUCUUCCAACGAUCUUUCAUUCAGUUGCUGUUCGCCUCCACUCCAAGGAUCUUCUGCGGCUCUCAACGAAUCGUGGCGCGGCGACCCUCCAAAAGCUCGCCGCCGGCGUGAAGAGUCGCGGUCCGGCCGUCAGCGGCGCGGGGCCCACGGAGGAUAAGGGGUAUUGCACUAAGGAAGAAGAACAAGUGGGUGCUUCAUUUUGCGGUAUUCUCUAGAACACUCUCAAGCAGUUUGUAGCAGGUGCUUUAAAGAUGCAGUCAUCAGUGAUGGCAUUCUUCCCUAACAUUGCCACAGCAAAGCUGGAGCUGCAUUAUCUGUACAGGAAAUAUGUAAAUAUGUUUGGGAUAUCAUCAAACAAUUCUACGGUUGGCUGCCACCUCACCCGCAAAAUGUCGCACCUUCCUGUCCAGUUGAUAGACCGUACCUUUUUCAGUACUGGUACUGCAAUUCGGAGUAUUGCCAUCAGCUAUGGAGCUCUCAUUCUCAGGUGGUUACUAAACAAAACUUCUGCAGUACAGCGCACAUUGAUUUCCCGUGCCAUGAGAUCUCUAUCUUGUUGGUGCGGCUCCUUGCCAUUCUUUGUCAGCAUUGGUUUUCUGAUAUCCAGGCUCUAUAGCUACGCUAUGAUCCACAACCAUACUUAUGGCCGGCAAUUCAUCCUUGGCCACAAUGCCAACCUCCAGGGAGAAUCAACCAUGGGAAUGGAGAAAAGUGAGUUGUGCAAUGAGCAGCCCUUCUUGUCAAGUUUACUUGGGCACAAGCGAGACUAUGUCCGCCUAGCGCUUCAGUGUAUUUGUUACCCUGCCAGUUUGAAGGUUGUUGAUAUAACACAAAAGAAGCCCAGCUACAACAGACCGCAGCGCAUACGUAGUGGUCAUGACACAAGUGCAUUUUGGAGGAUCAUAUCAAGGAAUGAGCAAUACCUGGCAUACAUGAUGGUGCUGGCGGCGUUGCAACUCUUCCUACUGCUUGCCAGAGUGAAUGUCACCACAUUGUUCUUGCCGAUGUUGUCACCAAUCACAAGUUCCAAGAGCAGCGCAGCAGUGAUUGGAAAUAUCAUGCUGGUUUUGGUUAACUCCUGCGGCAUUCUUGGGUCAGCCUUGGCAGCGAAACAGUAUGGCAGGGAGGUGACAUUCACCAUCGGUGUUAUUCUGAUGGUAUUUUGCCAGGUCGCAAUUCCAUUGAUCCUAGAAGUUCAGAUUGGAGUAGGCGGUGGAACUCGCACGCCGAUGGGUUACACAACCACAAUGUUCGUGUUGACAUGCGUCAUCUCCUGUGGCCUCAGCUGGUCAUGGGGUUCGUUCUUCUGGACCAUUCCUGGUAAGAAGGUUCACUCAGCUGGACAGGUUUUGACCAUCGCUCUGAACUUUGGCGUCUGCUUCGCCCAAAUGCAGUACUUCCUGCUGGUACUGUGCAGGCUGAAGAAUGUCAUCCUUGUAUACUAUGCAAUGUGGAUCUGGUCAUGAUUGAUGUUGAACUGAGGAAAGAUGGCUAGAUAAGUGUGUGUUAACUCAGAUUAGCUGAGUAGGUAGUUUGGUGGAUGUAAAUAUGCUCUUUUCCCUUUCCUUUCUUGGCCUGCCUUGUGCAGUUUUCUCUGUGUUUUGGUGCUAUUUAUGUAGGGUUCUGCACUGCAAGGAAACGAGGCAUCUUAUGCUGGUUGACAUUCUCCUA